CUUGGUAGGUUUUGUAUGAGAAAACGUAUCCUCCGCCAGCGGAUCCUCAUAAAGUAAUCAAAUGCGUCGAAUGGAUGGAUGAUGAUGUAGUUGAGGCUAUGACAGACAAGAUCUUGGGAAAGCUACCGAAUACAUAUGCCUUUACGAAAGCCUUAUCGGAAGGUCUCAUCGAAGAAUCUAUGCCGCAUAUCCCAUCGAUAAUUUUGAGGCCAAGCGUAGUUAUUCCUAUCUGGAAGGAUCCGCUUCCCGGUUGGACGGACAAUAUUAAUGGACCGACUGGUCUCUUAAUCGGUGCUGGGAAGGGAGUAAUCAGAACGAUGUACUGCAAUGAAAACGGUUACGCUGAUUAUCUUCCCGCUGAUAUCGCCGUCAAUGCUAUUCUUCUUUGCACGUGCAAUUUUAUUUAUUUCAAGGAACAUGAGAAACGAGUUUAUAAUCUUACAAGUAGUAGCGAGUUCAAGGUUCCUUGGACGGAAAUAAUAGAACGCGGGCGAAAAAUAACGCAACGAGUACCUCUAAACGGAAUCUUGUGGUAUCCAGGUGGUAGUAUGAAGAAAUCGCGACUUUUGCAUAAUAUUUGUGUCUUACUUUUUCACAUGAUUCCGGCCUAUUUUAUUGACUCACUUCUCUUUUUGGCAGGCCAUAAACCAAUUAUGUGCCGUAUCCAUCGCCGUAUAAACAAAGGUUUCGAAGUUUUCGAAUAUUAUGCCAAUAGACAAUGGGACUUUGAUAAUUCAAGUGUUCUCGAUGCGAGGAGAAAAAUGAAUAGCGUAGAAUAUAACAAAUAUCAAUUGCACGGCGAUGACAUGGACAAAGACGAGUACUUCGAAGCUUGCAUUCGAGCUGCAAGGGUUUACAUAUUGAAUGAAACUCCAGACACUCUACCGGCCGCUCGUCGACAUUUGAGAAUUAUGUAUUGGGUGGAUGUAUUUACGAAAAUCUUUUUCUUUCUGCUCCUUAUAUAUGUGCUGGCAUCCUGGAGUGAAAGUUUUAGAACAUUGCUCACAGAUAGUGCAGCAUAUGUUUCAAAAGCGAUAAUGAAGUAAUGUUUUAUAGUUUAAUCAAGUCAAAAACAUUUUCUUCAUCGAUUGCAUGCAAAGAUUAUAUCUAUUAUAUUGAUCGAAUUAAACUAUCAUUUAACAUCAAUGAAAUGAUUAAAUAUAUAAUUAUAUCUCGUAGUGUACGCAUACUAUAAUUGUGUUCAUUAGAUAUGAACAAAGUAAAAAGUAAAUAAAAACAUUAUUUACACCAUA